ACAUCCUCGCAUCAUCUUUCUUCUGUAGCGGCGUUGCUCAAUGCCUAUAGGUAACCCUUACCAUCGUCAAAUUCAGAUACCAUAGUAUCAUAGAAUUGCACAAACUCCUGGUCGUCUUUGAAAUUAUUUUUUUAUUUACCUAAUUAUGAGCAACGUAUUGGAGAAGAUGAUACCCACAUUUGAACCGGACACUGCACUUAACAAUGCGGCGAAAAAGGGCGACAUCAAUGCUGUACGACGGAUAUUCAAAGAUAACCCGAAUUACGCAAUUCUCCCUGGACGGACUCGUACACCUUUACAUUAUGCGGCAAUGGACGGUCAUCAUGAUGUUGUGAAGAUUCUCCUUGCACACGGGGAACCAGUUGACGCCCCCACGAGGCAAGGUUGGACGCCGCUAACCUUUGCUGCUAUUGGUGGCCAUUCAUAUGUGGCAGCGACGUUGAUAUAUGCUAAAGCGGAUGUAAACUCCCAGAUAUUACCAACGGCUGUUUCCAAUGCAGGGUACACACCCUUACAUAUAGCAGCAUCAUUAGACAGUUGUGAUGUACUGCACCUACUUGUCGCGAAGGGAGCCUUGGUCAAACAAACAGCAACAAGUGGAGUCCAACCUCUCCAUAUUGCUGUGAAGUAUGGGCGCCGUCUCAAUACGCUCAUCCUCUGCGCCUUUGGCUCUGACCCCUAUGCGAAAGAUUCCAACGGAGAGGAUGCAUAUGAUUAUGCAGAUAAAUUGCACCAGCCUCUCCGAGGUGAGAUCAGAGACAUCAUCAACAAGUGGUGCUUCCAGCUGGAGAAUCUAUCGUGGCUACGCGCGAACUUGGGUAACUUCGUGACCGUUGCCGGUAAGAUAGAAGUCCGCUCGCUCCUAGCCCGUGCUUCAAAUAGCACGGAUGAACUUAGCCUGGUAUAUGCUGCGGAAGUCGGAGACGCGAAAUUUAUCGACUGUAGAGACACGGGAGGCCGGACACCACUUCAUAACGCUACAGUUAGGGGUAAUUUUACAGGAGCCGAGUACCUGCUAAAUAAAGGCGUCGACGUAAACUGUCGUUCAAAGAACCGAAAAUGGACGGCCCUCUUGAUGGCCGUCGACAUCGGACAUGAGAAACUUGUUCGUGCCUUAAUACAGCACGGUGCCUACAUAGAGGCCGAAACAGAUCAGGGUGACAAUGCGAUCACCUUAGCUAGGAAAUGGAACCAUACUAAAAUAGCAGAUUUCUUGGAAACGUUGGCCAGUCCGAAGGGCUUGACAGUACCGCCUAGUCGUAGUCCAGCGAGGCGCCGUUCUCCUAGUCCGUUCCGAAUGAUCAGAGCAGAGAACGAAACGUUCAUGUCGCCCACAGCCCAAGCUAUACGACAAGUAAGAAUCGUGAGACCGCCCAAAUUCAAGAAGAGCGAGCCCAAUCAAUCGGAAGAAGUUGUAGGGGAUAUUGAGCUUAAUCCGAAUACUGACCCAGAAGUUGAUGGUGGGUUUGACGGCGGACUUUUCUCAACUUCCAUUCCAGAUUCAGGUCUCGUUCAGCCAAAGACAUUCAAUGAGCUAACAUCCACUUGGAGAAAUUACUUUGACUUCAAAGAGAAGGACAAGAGAAUCAAAGUUGCCGUAUUGGACACUGGGAUAGACCUCGAUCAUGAAGAUUGGCUUCAACCACGAGCGCUGCGGUUUGAGCAUGGAAAGCAAGUACCAGCCACUGGAGAACCACGGCAAAUUGACCGGAUAAAGAAUAAGAUUAACUUCUGCGGUGGUUCUGAGACUGAUGUACAAGAUCUUGACGGUCACGGAACCCAGGUUGCUGGCAUUAUUCUAAGAUUAGCUCCAAGAGCAGAUAUUGACAUUGCCCGUGUGUGUGUGGGGAAUAGAAACCGCGGAAUUACUGAAGGUAAAAGUGCGGAUGUUUCGAGUGCAGAAAGGUGUCCACAGCCUACCGCAGUUGCCAAGGCAAUAGACUGGGCUAUUGAAAAUCACGCAGAUAUCAUCAAUAUGUCUUUCGGAUAUGAGUAUUCGCCCGGAAUCGUUAGGGAAGCUCUUAAACGGGCUCAGAAGGAGAGGAUUGUGGUAUUCGCAGCUAUGUCGAAUGGUGGAAGCUACCAAAAGUCAACAUGGCCAGCUAGAGAAGAAGCUUGCGCGAUAGGGAUUCACUCUUGCGAUGAGAACGGCACGAAAUCAGGUUUCACACCCCUUCCGAACUUGAACACCGAUAAUUUCAUGGUAGUAGGAGAUAAUGUCCUUACACACUGGCCUAUGAUAAAAGGAAACUCUUUCAGACUAGACAGCGGGACCUCAUUCGCAGCACCUGUAGCAGCGUCUAUGGCAGCAUUAAUUCUGGCCUUCGUGGAGCAGAGUAUAUGCAAGGGACAUCGCAGAAAAGCCCAGGAACUUAUCGGAGAAGAAGUACUGGACGAACUGCGUGAAAACUCUGGUAUGAUCCGACUAUUGAAGAGCGUCAGCUUUCCAGGACCAGAUUCGGGCUAUCUCUUAAUCCAUCCCCAACUUCUUUGGAAGGACUUACAAUUCUCUCUUAGGAAAUCUAAGGACCCUUCCAAGUGUCGAGAGCACGCUUGGGACGUUAUUGUUAACGCACUUAUCCCUUAGCUAAACCUUUUUUAGAUACCUAAUAAAGAACUCGCAUGCACAAGGAACCACUGCCGAAUGGGUUACCCGAGAACCCGUCGCACAAGAAAUGACAGCCAUUAAUCUGCAUCAAGACGCCUCAACCUCAUAUGUGAAGAUAUUAUCGACCGGUGUACUUAAGCGAAAACGCCUCCACGGGAAUCUACACACCCUCAAUGACAAUCCCCUCCAAUUUGUCCGGUGUCCGAUGUAUGCAUCUCCUUAGACUCUUAGGUGGCUCAUAGAAAUAUGAGGCGGAUUUAUUGCAUGCGAAGUUACAUGCGGGAUAAUCAUGCAGCCUCUGACUGAUGGUCGAGAUAGAUUUCACACUGGUAAAAGCAAGUACACAGGAACACACAAUAAGCCGUAACUCCUCGGUCCAAUUCAUAGUAUCUAGCUUGAGGCUAGCUACGAAAUACUCGGCGAACCCUCGUAUUUUAGUUGUGGCUCCUAUAUUGUCCAUAUCAAAAAACUUUUAUAAACUAUAUAUAGCUACCUACUAGGUAGGUAUUCAUGACGAGAAGUUGGAAUAGUAGCAU